AUGGCAGCUCUUGCGUCGUUACAGGAUGUAAAUACCGAUGCCUUUUCUGGCAUAUGUGGAACCAUUUCCAUUGUGACGUGGGUUGUGGUAUUCAACCCACAGGUUUACAAAAAUUUCCGUCGAGGUUCAUACCAUGGUCUAUCACUUCACUUCCUCGUGGUAUGGCUACUAGGCGACAUUUUUAAUGUCGUUGGUGCUGUACUCCAAGGCGUCCGGCCGACCAUGAUCAUCUUUGCCAUAUAUUUUACUGUGGCCGACGUAGUAUUGUUGGCCCAAUGCUUCUUCUACAGAGGCUUUACAUGGAAGGAUGAUAAGCCUGCAAAUCCCACUACACAUACCUACUUAUGCAUGUAUGUAAGAAACAUGGCGAUGUCUGUGGAGGGACUGUCUGUGUUGUUUUUCCUUUUCGCUUGCUUGAGGAAUUCUACAUACUAUGUCUUAUCGAUUCUCGCGUUUGACUCGACUAGCGCUGUUUCAAAUAGCUGCCUUGAGUCCUGCGAAGCGCGAGAAAUCUAUGGUAGCCAUAUACUGGUAAGCCUUCCCUGGUUGGUUGAUGGUCUAGGCACAAUGCUUCUUGAUGGGGCGAUUUUCGCCCAAUUCCUGCUUUACGGCGAAGUCAAGCCUGCUAUGGAUGAGGUAUAG